UAUCAGCUGUGCAUCAGCACAUCCGCCUGAUUCGCGACUGUUUACAAUCAGAAGACAGACCAGAAUGGGGAACCCCGCAUGAGCAGAACUGAUAAGCCUUCAUCUGUCGUGAGUCUAAGCUGAGGAGAAACGCAUUGUUGUGACUCUGCUGUUGGGUGGUGGUCAUGCAGCACCCUAACUUUGAGACCCAGCACCCUCUCCAGCCAGAGGGAGAGCAGGAGACAGGUUUUGACCCACUCCACAACUUAAACAGGAAUCUCAGCUGUGGAGGAUCUCUGGAUAGUAGCACUUUGUCUGAGUCCACUUUCCUCUCCUACAGGAAAGAAUGGGAUGACUUGUUUCUGAACAGUAAUUACCUGACCAGGAUCCGGCAGGAAGGCAUCAACGGUCGAUUGCGGAGCAGCCGAUUCCGCAGUGUGUGCUGGAAGUUGUACCUGGAGGUCCUUCCUGAGGAUAAGAGCCAAUGGAUCAACAAGACCAAGGAGUUACGAUCCCAGUAUGAGAAGAUCAAAGAGACACACAUCACCAACCCCCGUAAGGCUGCAGGUCAGCAGGACUUGGUGGUCAACAACCCACUCUCACUGGACGAGGGGAGCCUGUGGAACAAGUUCUUCCAGGACAACGAGUUGAGAGGGAUGAUCAAACAGGACGUUAUGAGAACGUUUCCUGAGAUGCGUUACUUCCAAGAGGAGGACGUAAGAACCAAGCUGACAGACAUCUUGUUCUGUUAUGCCCGAGAGAAUGAACAGUUACUGUACAAACAGGGAAUGCAUGAGUUGUUGGCUCCUAUUGUGUUCGUCCUACACUGUGACCAUCAGGCCUUUCAGCACGCCAGCGAGACCGCCCACCCCAGUGAGGAGAUGAUGUGUCUGCUGAAUCCUAUGUUCCAGGAACAUGAUGCCUAUGCCAUGUUUUCCCAGCUGAUGGAGACAGCAGAACCCUGGUUCUCCAGCUUCCAGAGAGAAGUCAGAAGGGGGAAGGAGGAGAUGCUGACCAGCAUGCCGUUCGCCCGGCCGCAGGACUUGGGGCCGUCCGUUGCCAUAGUAACCAAAGUGAACCGCAUCCAGGACCAGUUGGUGAAAAAGCACGAUGUGGAGCUGCACAUGCACGUCACCCGCCUGGAGAUCGCCCCGCAGAUAUACGGCAUUCGCUGGGUGCGUCUGCUGUUUGGCCGUGAGUUCCCCCUGCAGGACCUGCUGGUGGUCUGGGAUGCUCUGUUUGCUGACAGCAUCACUCUAGACCUGGUGGACUAUGUCUUCGUUGCCAUGCUGCUCUACAUCAGAGACGCCUUGAUAGCGAGUAACUUCCAGACCUGUCUGGGCCUUCUAAUGCACUACCCACCUAUAGGAGACAUCCACACCCUACUACACAAGGCUCUGUUCCUCAGAGAUCCCAAGAACAAUCCUCGGCCGGCCAACUACCAGUUCCAACAGAAUCUGGACUAUUACAAGACCAGAGGGGCAGACCUUGUCAACAGCACCCGUGCCAAGACGGCUCCUCUCAACAUCAACAAAGUCUCCAGCAGCCUGCUCAGCUUUGGGAGGAAGCUCAUCGCUCCCGCCAUGUCAGGGGGUGUUGCCAGCGUUAUCUCUCCAAUCAACAGCGAGAUUCGUUCUGCCCCCUCCCCCCUCACUGCAGCCCCCCAGGCCGAGCCCCUGUCCUCUGGCCACGCCCCCCUGCAGACACACUCCCAGUCCCAGCACCAGCGCCUACUGAAGUCUGAGAGCAUGCCAGUCUACCUGAGCCAAGGCCAAACCUCCAGGACAGUUGGCUCCUCCCCCAGCAUAGAGAGUCUCUCUGGGGGACAGGGUCACAACACAGCGUCCCCGCCCCUUCCCGUCUCCAGGGGAAGUGACAUCAGCACCUCGUCCCCACCCCUCUCAGCCACCAAGAAGGACUCCUUCUUCAUCACUCGCUCCCACAGCAAGACCAUGGGCAAGAAAGAGGCCGAGGAGGAGUUGGAGGCCCAGGUGUCCUUCCUGCAGGGUCAGAUCAAUGACCUAGAGGCCAUGAGCAAGUACUGUGCCAAGAUGAUGAACACACACAUUGGUAGGAUCCAGGAGGUGAUCCUACAGGAGCACCUGGAGAAAGAGGAUGAGGUGUUGGUGUCACUGGCUGGACUUAAGCAGAUCAAGGACAUCCUGAAGGGAGCGCUGCAUUUCAACCAGAGCCUGCUGGAGGCUGAGGAGAACGAGGAGAUCACCAUCGCUGAUGACCACUAUGACCACGCCAACAGUCACCAUGAAGACCAGCCUUACCUGGCCGCGCCGCAGCGUGGCGACGCUGAUGGAGAACAGGAGGAAGAGCUGGAGCACGCACCACCAGAGCAACAGGCGUCUCCCCCAGAGUGCUCUCUGUGUGGGGGCUCGGAGGGGAGGAACUGGGAUGACUACAUUCUGGUCUCUCAGGACGGAGAGCUGCAGCCCACCGAGGGAGGGGUGGAGAGGACCCCUCCAAUCAGACAGCUCCAUGGCUCGGUCAGGGUGGAGCCGUUCCAGGACCCCCUGAUGGGUGCAGCGUCGGGUUCCUCCAGCCCAGACGAGGACAGCAUUCACAGCAAAGACUCAGACUUCGCCAUUGUCAACUCCCAGGACCUGUGAUGGACUUCACUGAUCUGGGUGGGAGUUACCACUAACCAGAGAUCUAGGAUAAGUUGAUCUACUCCCUAAUCCCCCACCUUAACCAUUUGGAGGGAUUCAUCCCAGCCUGGAGGAUAUGCUGCCCUACACAGGAAAACCAACUCGCCACUGCUGGAUCAAACUUGCCAAUGUGGGCUGGACUAUGGCAGCCUACCAAUACCUUAUCUCACCUGCUCUGUAUUCCUUCAUGAAUACCAUAGAUCUCUCUUAUGCCUAGCCUCUUCUCCUGAAUGCUUGGGCCUUAGUGCUUAUCCAGCCCCACCUGUGACUUUAAUGAUGAUACCUAUUUCUGCCACACGAGGGUGCUACAAGACAGUUCACCACAGGCUACCCUCAGGAACUGGAAUUCAUAGUGCAUUUAUCAGUGUGAGGGAUGCCUUUCCCUUCUCUGUAUGUAGUAAUGGUAGGGUAGUACCCUGUUUCUCCAGGUAGGGGAGCAGUCUGUCCCAUACCUCUUGUCUGUAUCUAAUGCCUGUGUCUAAAGAGCUUCUCUUGUCUUACCUCCAUUCACCGCCUCUGAUUGAUUGUCCUUUAACUGUUUCGAGGUAGAAGUUGCUCCUAACCAAUCGGCAGUCCUACACCUACCAUUAGGGGGAUGGUACAAUAGCUGAUCCUGUAUCAGUUGUUAGGAGGCAACUUCUACCUACUCUUAACCAGUGCCUGGAAACCAUUGACAGAUUAAAGCUUCUUAUGGCUUGGGGGCGCUAUUUUCACAUCCGGAUGAAAAGUGUGCCCAAAGUAAACUGGCUGCUACUCAGGCCCAGAAGCUAGGAUAUGCAUACAAUUGGUAUAUUUGGAUAGAAAACUCUAAAGUUUCUAAAACUGUUUGAAUAAAGUCUGUGAGUUUCCACUAGAUGUCAACAGUCUUUAGAAAUGGAUGUUUUUCUUUAGAGAAAUAAAUGAGUAGCCCUGUUA